CGCAUCGUUUUACCAGUCGCAGCUGCGAUGGAAGUCGGAGUUAAAUAAGUGAAUAAAUAGUGUGAAUACAAUGAUUAAAUUUAAAUAAAUACAAUUGAGUAAUUCAUUAAUUGACAUUACAAAAUAUAAUUGACAAUUUACAGUGUUGUGGCAUCUGGUCGAGUGCAAUUGUAAAAUACGCUAAGCCCACAAUUGUGUGUGAAGCGAAGAGGGCAAAGAAACCAAUUUUAGAGGGCAGCGCACCACUGAACCACCACAUUAGAACAACCACUGGACAGGCACGAAUUGUGUCUCAAAGCAAACUAACCAUAUUAAGCAGUAACUGUAUCAAUAUUCGCUAGAAGAACGUUGAAAAUAUUCCGCAUAACCCGCAGCUGAGCGCUGCUGCAGCUGGUGAGCAGCUCGUGUGGUCCUGUGCCGCUGCCACUCGCGCAUCCUGCCACCGGCACAUGUGACCCAGUUAAUCCGAUUUGCUGCCAGACGGCGUACUAGUUGAGCACGCGGAUUAUUAAUUUGCCUGGCAUUUUAAUAGAGGGCCCCGGCAACAACAUGCGCUCCCAGCACCCAACACCGAUCCUCGCCAGCCUCUGCCUAGGCCUCGUCCUGGUCGUCAGUCUGCAGCCGCAGCUGCUCCACUGCGCCACAGCGGGAGGCCUUGAGGCGGCAAUAUUAAGGAGCGACAGAAUAAAUGACGGCACAUUUCAUAGAAGUCAAUCAAAGAGAGCGGCGACAUUGGCAAAAUCGCUGCCAUUCAUUACAGCGACAACGCAAAUUGCCGGAGCAAAUGAUGAGCAAACAGGCACAACAGAUAUGCAGACAAAUGCGGGCCCAUCCAUUGCAGUUGCAGCAACGGCAACAGUGGAAACUGCAUUUCCGAAACACAGCAGCAUUAAUAACAUUAACAACAAUGCCGAUCGACAGCGCCCGGAACGGCGACAGGACGCAGCAGUUGUGUUGCAAGCAAAUCUUAUUAUGAGCAAUAGAAAUGUUGAGCAGCAGGACCCAUAUGAGCACAACUACAAAAUUACGCAGCACAACGCAUUGUUCCCCGACAGCAACAGUUCCACAGCCGCAAUCGAGGUGGCAGCAAUGGCUACAGCAGCAACAGAGCAAUCAACAGCAACAGCAACAGCAACACCAACAAUGACAACCGCAGCCACAACAACAACCACGACACGUCGACCAGCUCCAAAGACUACGUUAAAGCCCCCGCCAACAAUAGAUGAUUACCAGACAAUAAUUAGCCAAGCGGGCACCCACGCCUAUCUGCCUUGCAAUGUCAAGCAAUUGGUCAAGAAGCCCAUCUCCUGGCUUCGCAUGCGAGAUGGACACAUACUCACCGUGGACCAGACUACCUUCAUAGCGGAUCAGCGCUUUCAAUCCGUCUUCUCGCCCAACCCCGAACGCUGGUCCCUACAAAUUAAGUACGUGCAGCUCAAGGACGAGGGCACCUACGAGUGCCAAGUCUCUACGGAGCCCAAAGCAAGCGCAAUUGUUCACUUGCGCAUUGUGGAACCUAAAACGGAAUUAAUUGGCGAGGCCACGCGUCACGUGAAGGCCGGAAGUCAAGUGAAACUGCGCUGCAUAAUUAGCCAAGCGCUGGAGCCGCCACUUUUCAUUAAUUGGUUUUACAAUCAGAAGCAAAUCUAUUUGCAUAAUCGUCGCGGAUGGCGAACGGAAAUUGAGCGCAUCGAUCUGCCAACGGAAGCGCCAACGACGCCGACAGCAGCAACGUCCACAUCGACGUCGACAGCAACAGCAACAGCAGCAGCAGCAGAAUCCCUUAAUGAUAUAGCGGCCAUAACACGUUCGUAUAUUCUAGAUGCGAUACCGGUGAGCGAUGCAGCCGCUAGCGCCGGAUAUGGAUACGUGCUGCCAACGACAGCCACGACCACGCCCAUAACAACCACAAUGUCAACGACAGCAGCUGCUGCUGCAGUUGCAGUUGCAGCAGCGGCAACAACAACAGCAGGCGUUGCCACAGACGAAGGUGUUGCAGCCGUUGAUAUGCUGACAACAGCAGCAGCUGCUGCUGACAAACAGCCAACUAUGACGACAGCAGCAGCAGCAACUACAACAACUCCAACGACAACAACUAUAACCGAGCCAAGCACAACGCCAACAACAACAACAACAAUGCUACCAAGCAGCAGUUUCAUUAAGCAGAUAACGACCGCCUCGCUAAUCAUUCCCGCCGUUGUGAAACUCGACUCGGGAAACUAUACAUGCAGCCCCUCGAACAGCGCCCCGCGCACCAUUGUGCUGCACGUGCUAAACGGUGAAUACUCCGCGUCGGCCAUCAAAUCGGGCAGCAUCAGCUGGAAUGCGCUAAUUGGUUGUCCUGGCUAUUUGCCGUGGCGAAAUAUUUCAACAAUUUUGACACUGUUGUGGAUUAUUAAAUUUGUGUUCGGCAACAAUCGAGGCCGAAACAAAGUCAACAAGCGAACGGCGGCAGCAACGCUCCAGGAGCCACAAUUGCCAGCACGGAUAAAAAACAGGACGACGUCCGGCGCAAGUGUCAGCCGCAGGCACUGCGCACAGACGCUGACGCAGACGACAACCCGCAGGCAGGGAUUCUAUGGCGGAGACUGCGGCGGCAGCCGUGGCCACGUCAGCAGCUCAAUUAGUGGCACCAAAGUGGCCGAGGAUAAAACUUGAGCGACAAAAGCGACUGCACUAGCGGCAAUACCAGCAGGACGAAAGAAGAUUGCUGCGAUU